AUGUCGUACACUUACAGAGACCGCGAACGAGACUGGGACGAGACUCGUCCCGUGUCAAUCAAGCGCUACGUCAUUCCUGCUGAAGAUGACCGUCGAGACUUCAUGUCGAGACACGAAGACUCUUUCGGCGGCGAGCGCGAGGUGGUGAUCCGGCGCACAACGGAUCGCGAAGAGCCUGUGACCGUCUCGCGCUACGAGCGAGAGGUGGAGUAUGAGCCAUCGCGCUACGAGAGAGACUACUACGAACGUAAGUACCUACAUCCCUACACCAAUCGCCUACACUCCCGGUCCAUGGAUACCCUGGAACGAAUGGAGCAGUCCCCUACUGCCAUCAUUGCCACUCAAAAACAAUCCGUACUUAUUCGUGAAGCCCGCACUACGUAUACCAGCCCCCGUGAAUCCGAGUAUAGUGUCGUGCGCCGCUCUGAGGCCGACGAGGACCCGUAUUACUACCACCGUCACCGUCGAGUUCGCGAUUACGAUGAAUCACGCUCCCGGCGUGAGCUGAGUCCUGAUGAUUCCGUCUCCCAGACUAGUCGCCGCCGCCGCGGUGAUCGUGAGCAAGACUACAGCAGCGAUGACAGCAUAGUCUACAUCCGAAAGGAGACCCGCGACUAUGAGGACCACCCUAAUCAUCGUCGUCAUCUAGCAGAGGGUGCACUGAUAGGUGCCGGCGCGGCCGAAUUAUUGCGCAGCCAGAGCAAAAAGGAUGGCGGCAACGUUAGCCAUGGCGCUAGCCGGAUUGGUAAGACUGUUGGUGCCGGUGCCCUUGGUGCAGUCGCUGUAAAUGCUGCAUCACGUGCUCGCGACUACUACCACCGUAGUAAGAGCCGCCACCGUUCUCAUUCCUUUGAAGAUGACCGUUCUUCCCAUCGCCACAGCAGACAUGGCCGGAGUCGUUACAGCCGUAGCCGCAGCCGCAGCCGCAGCCGCUCCCACUCGCACUCUCGUAAAAGGCAUCUGCUGGAGCUUGGAGCUGGUGCUGUGGCCGUGGCUGGUGUGGCUGCUGGUAUAGCCGCACUGCACAACAAAUCGAAAGCAGGAGACCGCAAAAGCCGAUCCCGUACUCGCUCCCGCUCUCGGGCUCUUAGCCGGGGUCGCUCGGAGAAGGAUGCUGAACAUGGUGAACGCAGCAUGUCUGAGCGCCGUAAGCACAUGGCUGGUGCUGGAUUGGCCGGUGCGGCUGUGGCAGGCCUGGUUGAAAAGGCCCGCAGCCACUCGCGUUCUCGAAAGGGUGAGCGCUCCCGCUCCCGCAGUCGUCUAAGACAAGCCCUUCCCAUUGUUGGUGCUGGUCUUGCUACGGCUGCUGCCACGGGUCUCUACGAGAAGAAGAAAAGUGACAAAGAUGAAAAGGACGGCUCGAGCCGGGGCCGCCAUCGCUCAAGGUCUCGCAGCCGCGCCCCGUCACAGUCCUAUCCCGAUCCAACUCGGGACUCAGCCGGCCUGAUCGAGUACGGCAACGACCCAGUCGCUGGUAGCAUACCAUCUGAGCACUACUACGGUCAGCGCGGCGCGCCCUACGAUGCACAGGAGGCAUACGGUCCCAGACGCCAUACCCGCAGCCGCAGUCGUAGCCGAGCCCGCUACAGCAGCUCAUCCGGUUCCGACCGCGAGAGUCGCCGACGCAGCAAGAAGCACCGCAGCCGCUCAAGAGAUCUCGCGGGCGCCGCCCUAGGCGCAACAGGGCUUGGUUAUGCCGCACACAAGUACAACGAACGUCGUAAGUCUAAAGAGCGUGAGCGCGAGUACUCCAAGCAUGAUGACGUCCACCGUGAUCCUUAUGAAGAAUCCUACGACCCAGAACCAUACCCGGUUUCCCCACAGGCCCCGGGCGCCCCCAUGGCUGACCCCCACUACUACCCCAACAACAAUUAUUUCCCCCCACCCCCAGGCGACUCAACCUACAACCUGAACGGUGCUACUCCUGUUUCCUACAAUCCGGCAGACUACCCCCCUCCACCCGGAGCUGCCCCGCCUCAGCCCUAUGCCUACGGCGCUGGGCCACCAGGACCGGGAUCGGGACCGGGACCAGAGCAAUAUGCACCUCGGCCACGUAGGGCUGAAGACAAUGUGAGCAGUUCCACCCUACCUACUGAUGUAAACCACGCGCACAAGGGUCUAAAUAUCCACCCAUUCCCAUCUCCACACCGGUCAACUAGCCAACCGCCACAAGUCUCUAAAUCCGUCGCCUUCGACUUGACGGAUUCCCCGCGGGAUCCUGGCUACGAAACUGAUGAUAGCGACUCUACCGUUGAACGAUAUUCACCUUCGCAUCGCCGAGCUAGGCACCACGGUCGCGAUCGAGAUCGUGAUAACCAUCAUCACCGUCGUCAUCGUUCUUCAUCCGUCCCCUACCCACCUAUGCCGCAUCCUACUUCUGCUUCCAAUCGACAUCACCCACCAGCUUCGAAAAUUCACAAGAGAAAGGACCAGAACAAAUUCUCUGAAUCAGAAUCUGACUCAACCGUCGACCUACCCAGUCGCUUUGACGAACAAGGCCGUCUUCUUCCCGAGCGUGAUCCUGCCGUGGAGAAAUUUGAGGACCUGGUGAAUAAGUUUACCAAAAUCCUGUUUUAG